AUGAGCGUCUCGGAAGAGGAUAGGGAUAUAGCUGCCUGUGAGGUGAGAAAUAAUAUAACACGUACGAGGAAAAACGUCCGUGCGUUUAAUAAUAAUUUAACAGAUGGAAAGCUGGGCGAAAAAUCGUUACUACCUUGCAAUCUUUGCUCACAUCACAUAAAAACUGAAGCUGCAGAACUGGAUAAAGAGAUCGGUAGAUUUAGAAACCUAUUUAAAGACAGCAGUAAUUAUCCAUUCGUCAAAUGCAAUUGCCAACCAAAGUCAGUUGGUUGCAGAGACAACGAUUCCGAUAAAUUCAGUUUUGAUUGGAGGAAUGUACGCAAAUGCAUGUCUGAGACGAGGAAAGCAUUGAGGGCUUACAGUGACAAGCUAGAUGAUAGUAAAUACAAGGGUGAAGAUAUACGGCCAUGUCAAACAUGCAAAAAAGGACUCGUUGACGAAUGCAAAGGUCUUGAAGAAGAAAUAAGCAAGAUACAGAGUAAUCUUUCAUUCAAGGAAAUAGACAUCGACCGAGAGCUCUGCAACUGCCAAUGUCGAAUGUGA